UUCCACGCGACUUCGACCGUUUUGACUCGAUGACAUCGGCUCAUGAUCAGCUGAUCACCGGCCUGACAUGCAGCAGACAGCGUAUGCCUUGCCCGAUCAUCGAAAGACAGCUCUUCUGCGAGCACGACUUGGGCUUUCGCGACCCGCUGCGUCCAAUCGACGGAGCUUCGUGUGCUGACGCAACCAAGACAAGAUGAUCUCAUCACCAAGCAGCAGAACUUUCAUCAGUCGCCAUGCAUGGCGUUCUCAUCGCUUUGUCGCUGACGAGCGUGCAUGCAACACAGUACGCGCUCAAGGAUCGUAUCGUCGGUGCCCAGUUCUACGACCGUUUCGAUUGGUACACUGAAGACGAUCCGACCCACGGCGCUGUACGCUACGUUACACUCAACGAAUCAUUGCUGCGCAACAUGACAAGCGUAUACAAUGGCUCUUUCUAUCUCGGCGUCGACGCGCACCUCCAGCCAGCACUAGGCGAGAGGGCGAGCACACGGAUCAAGUCCAAAGCGAGCUAUUCCGAAGCCCUGAUCGUGCUCGACCUCCAACACAUGCCCGCCGGACCCGGUACAUGGCCCGCAUUCUGGACUUCGACGGCAAAUUACGAUUGGCCCUAUGGCGCAGAGAUUGAUAUCAUCGAGGGCACAAACGAUCAAGGGCCUGCUCUGAGCUCCUUACAUACCGGGCCCAAUUGUACCAUGCCGACAAGUGAUGAUGGCAUGACGGGCGAGCGCACGACUUACAUCGACUGCGACUCGACUUUUGUGCAGACAGGCUGCGGCGUCAGCAACACUAUGCCUGCACGAGUUUCCAACGCAGUCGAACGCGAUCUCAAAGACGUCUCUAGACCUGUAUAUACACUGGACGACAGGUCUGGAGAUCCGGCAACCAGAUAUUCGCUGUACAUGUCGUCGAGAAGGAAUAGGGAUCCAAGCUAUGGCCCGGAGUUCAAUGCAAGAGGUGGCGGCAUCUGGGCAAUGCAGCGCAGCCUGGAGAGCAUCAAGAUCUUCUACUGGCUACGCGAUGACCCUGCACUCCCUGCAAUCUUGCUCAGUCCUCACCGGACUACCCUCAUCGAUACGCUCAAUUGGAUACCAUCUGCUUACUUUCCCCUCGAUCAAUGUGAUCUAUCACAAUGGGGCGCACACGAGAUCAUCCUCAAUACCGAUCUCUGCGGCGAUCUCGCAAGCGAACCGUUCAGAAGCCUGAACAUUACCACCGACGACUGCCCGACGUACGUUCGCGAUCAUCCGGAAGCCUUACAGGAUGCAUACUGGUCUGUCAAUGCCCUCACGAUCUUCACACCACUCUUGAUUGCGAAACGAUAGGCAAUACAUCUGUAGCAUUCUAAUGCAGUACUGCAUGCCACUCAUGGUCAUCCUUGCUCGCUUCGAGCUUCGUCGAUGACGGAUCUCAACCGGCGAAAGGCUUCGUCUGCUUCUGCUUCGGUAGAGAGACUGAAGCUGACGCGUACAUAAGCCGUCUUGCCGCUGAGACCCAUAAAGCCUACGCCUGGCACGCAGAGGACACCCUUCUCGACUGCUUUCUCUCUGAUGAGGCUUUCACUAUCUCCGUCUGA